AUGUCCGAAAGGCGGCGCCAAUCCGGGUCUACCACCGGCAACGGCGGCGCCUUUUUGGCGAAUGAAGUGAUGCUCUUGGCCUACCACAUCUCUCAGAUCAGCAAGGAAGAUAUUCUGCAAUACAACCUCGACCGUUUGCAUCUAUCUCCUGGAAUUCCCCCACGCCAUGGCGAUAGCAGCUCUACUUCGACGCGUCCGACAGGUCAUAUCGUACGGUUGCACGAUCUCUUGCAACGUCAUCUAGAGGAGACUACUGUGCGUUUAUUGUCAGAAUGUGCUGAUAUGGAAGUUGAUGAUAUCGAUGUUAAUAGCAUAGCUCGGGAUUUAGAAAUUUUUUGCGUAGACAAUGCGAGUAUUUCGCUACGGCGUCUAAAGGGUAUGCUUUACACAGGGAUGCAAUGUUUCGAGCGUUUGCCGGCAUGUCUCAAACUUCUUCUUCUACUUAAAGAUUCUGGUGAACAACAAAGGGCCCCUUCCCUCGGCUCCGAUGGGUCACGGGGUAUUGAUGCGUCAGCAUUUCCGACUCCUGAGUCGCAGAACGACGACUCAUAUGGCGUGUAUGGACCUUCCCCAGUCCAUCCAAUUGAAGAAAUAGAACCUUCAGAUGACUCAUCUGCUUAUUCAUCAGCCGAAUCGUCGCCUUAUAAAUCACCAGAAGAAAUUGAGCACACCUCAGAACACGUUCACCGAUCGGAUGGCAGUCCCGAGGUGUCUGUCACAAGUGUGGUUACGAACCGUUUCGAGUUCUCUGAAAUCGACGAGUAUGACCUAGUUUCUGACAUUUUGUUUGUACUACAGGGUAUAGAAGGCCGUUUCAUAAAGCACGCCGCUAAUGGUCGUUUUACUCUUACAAGCCAUCGUCAAGUUUCGCGGGGAGUACGGCAACUUACUGAACGCAUAUGCGCAUUAGGAACGCUUUAUCACAGUAUAGUUAAUUCAAAACCUCCAGAAGGUUUAAUAUCGCAGGCACUCUACCAGGGAGUGAUGGAUGAGGUACACCAAUACAACCAUUUGAUAAACGUGAUGGUGUCUAGUCGCAACAACGAACCGCUGACUUUACUUCGGCUCUAUGUUUUAGUGCAACAACCAUAUACCCGUAUGCGUUUACUCUACAUGGCACUUGACCGUUCACCUGGUCUGUCGAUUGACCGCAUUUUCGAUCUAUACUGCACCAGGGGAGAUGCAAUGGGCCGUGAGUUGUAUGGUGAGCUUCUUCGCAAAUGUACCAUACCAUAUCUGGAACUUUUGCUUCGCUGGGUCUAUUAUGGCGAACUGGAAGACGUUUAUAGAGUCUUUUUUGUGCGGCAUGUUGAGGGCCAGUACCGCCUAAUUCAGAGCAAGGUGCCUAAGUUUUUCUCGCAAGAGUUGGCAGAGCUUUGUUUUGACGUGGGAUGCUGCAGCCGAUAUUACUAUCAGUUGAAGAGCAGCAUUUAUGUGAGGGGUUCUGUUGACAUCACUGGCCUUUUACAUCAGUUGUGCCCUCAAAGCCAGUCAUGGUCAAUUUUCGUCACGGUACAGCAUCUACUCACUGUGGUACGUUCUAUAGGCACUAGUACGGAGUUGGUACGGGAAUUAGUUGGCAAGCACGACUUAGGGGGUUAUCUACGUCGCGUAUCUGGUCAUUUGGGCAUGGAGCACCUCGGCGCCGAUCGCACAUCGCCUGUUUUCGACGACUUUGAGUGCACAAAGGAGUAUGGAUUCGAGAUUUACGUCCCGUUGUUUUCGUUCCCCUUGGCCUUGAUUUUUGAGGACGAAAAGGAGGCACGUGAAUCCUACAUCACCUGUUUCCGUAUGGAGUUUUUGCUUCAACGCGCUCUGAAGAUUUUGUCAAUAUGCUGGGAGGAGUACUCGUGGAACAGCCGUUGUAGUCACGGCGCCUUAGACCUUUCUAGGCGUGUAAAUUGGAUGAACUUGUGCCGCAACGAGAUGUCCCACUUUGCCAACAUGCUGCAAAAGGGUCGCAACGUACCGUACAUGCUUGGUCAACUAAUUUCUCGCAUAUCAUCGCGCGAUUAUCCCCCUGCUGGCACCACUUUGAGUGACCUCCGCGGUGAGUGUUCUGCUGUGUUUUUUCGAUUGCGUGGAGACAACUUUUUGGAGAUCAUGGACAUUUUGGAGUCUAUCGUCGAUUACUGCAGGUUCAUCUUACCUCUGUUUAAUCGCGCUAUCAUGCAUCAGCUUCAAGUUUUAGUUUGCGAGGGUGCCACGCCCUCGUCGUUGAUUGAUUUCAUACACAGCCACAUCGCCACGGAUGACGUGAUGAAGAUUAUGGCUACCCACGCAAAGCGAUUCCGUGAGGGGGUGUUACUACUGCUGCAUCGUCUGUCAUGCCAGGAUCCAGAUCGUAGGCGUUUCGGUUUGAUUCUGGAUUACAACAACUUUUAUCGGCUACUGAGUGCGAUUGAGUCGUGA